GAGCACAGGGAGGAGAUGCAGGGCGCCGUGGGGCUACGCUGCACCUGGGACAUCCCGCCAGCCACUGGCACCCAGGCCAAGUGGGUGAGGCUCAACGUGGGGGGCACCAUCUUCCUCACCACCAGGCAGACCCUGUGUCGGGAGCAGAAAUCUUUCCUGUGUCGCUUGUGCCAGGGCGAGGAGCUGCAGUCGGACCGGGAUGAGACUGGUGCAUACCUAAUAGACCGGGACCCCACUUACUUUGGACCCAUCCUGAAUUUCCUCCGUCAUGGGAAGCUGGUCCUGGAUAAAGAUAUGGCUGAAGAGGGGGUCCUAGAAGAAGCUGAGUUCUAUAACAUUGGUCCUUUAGUCCGAAUAAUCAAGGAUCGACUGGAGGAGAAGGACUACACAGUAACUCAGGUGCCUCCUAAGCAUGUCUACCGUGUGCUACAGUGCCAGGAAGAGGAGCUCACUCAGAUGGUUUCCACUAUGUCGGAUGGAUGGCGCUUUGAGCAGCUUGUGAACAUUGGCUCAUCCUAUAACUACAGGAAUGAGGAUCAGACAGAGUUCCUGUGCGUGGUCUCCAAAGAGCUGUACAACUCCCCCAAUGGCCUGAGCUCUGAGCCAAGCCACAAAGCCAAGAGCACAGAGGAGGACCUGGAGGAGGAAGAGCAGGAGGUGGAGGAGGAGGCAGAGGCAGAAGCAGAAGCAGAGGAGAAAGGUGCAGCAAAUCCUUGA